CCCACCCCUCCUCCCGGCCAGAGCCUUCCUCCCCGGCCCAUGGGGACGCUCGUGGCCAAGUUGCUCCUGCCCACCCUCAGUAGCUUGGCCUUCCUCCCCACCAUCAGCAUCGCUGCCAAGAGGAGGUUCCACAUGGAGGCCAUGGUCUACCUCUUCACCAUGUUCUUCGUGGCGCUGUAUCACGCCUGCACCGGGCCGGGCCUGUCGGUCCUCUGCUUCAUGCGGCUCGACAUCCUGGAGUACUUCAGCGUGUACGGGACAGCGCUCAGCAUGUGGGUCUCGCUGAUGGCACUGGCCGACUUCGACGAACCCAAGAGGUCAACCUUUGUGAUGUUUGGCGUCCUGACCAUUGCUGUCCGGAUCUACCACGACCGCUGGGGCUACGGAGUGUACUCGGGCCCCAUUGGCACCGCCGUGCUCAUCAUCGCGGCAAAGUGGCUGCAGCAGAUGAAGGAGAAGAAGGGUCUGUACCCCGACAAGAGCGUCUACACCCAGCAGAUAGGCCCCGGCCUCUGCUUCGGGGCCCUGGCCCUCAUGCUGCGCUUCUUCUUCGAGGAUUGGGAUUACACCUAUGUCCACAGCUUCUACCACUGUGCCCUGGCCAUGUCCUUCAUCCUGCUGCUGCCCAAGGUCAACAAGAAGGCUGGCAGCUCAGGGCCCCCUGCCAAGCUGGACUGCUCCACCCUGUGCUGCGCCUGUAUCUGACCGCACCCAGCCCCGCCC